GGGUGGCCGCGGCUAAGGAAGCCAGGUCGCUGGAUCUGUCAAUGAUGGCUACCAUGGACAUGGGCUCGCUCUUAAAGCCUCUUGUCUCCGGCGGUUCGUGGCGAUUCUAUCUCCUCUUCGUUGGCCUCGAAACCGGGUUCCAAAUACCGUUUCUCUUAGAUAAACCUUUCCUUUUCUCUCUCUACUACGUCUAAUUCUCCGAUCGAGCCACAUGUCUCCGUCUAACGCCGAGAGCGCUAGCCUUCGCAUCCGCGAAGGUUCCCUGGACGAAGCUAUCAAGCCCAGUCGGCAGAGCGAAACAAGGUCGAAUUCGGAUACCGACAGCAUACGAAAUGACGAACCUGGAAAUGGAUACGAGGUAGAAAAGAAAGACUACGCUGAUGUAGCUGAAAAAGCCGAUGAUGCCCUUGUGGACUAUAGCUACAAAGGAAGCGGUACUACAGAAGAUCCAUACAUUGUUACAUGGCUGAACGACGACCCGGAGAACCCCAAGCAGUGGAGUCCGGUUCGACAGUGGACAAUCCUCGUCCUGGUAGCCGUCCUAUCUCUCUGUGUGUCUCUGGCGUCGUCUACAUAUACUGGAGCCCUGGCUCAGGUGAUGGAAGAGUUUCAUUGCAGCGAAGAAGUUGCUCUCCUUGGCCUCUCACUGAUGAUGAUUGGCUACGCUUUCGGACCACUCCUCUGGGCCCCCCUGUCUGAAACCUACGGACGCAGGAAGAUCAUCUUUCCAACCUUCGCAGUGUACGUAUUCUGGAGUUCUGUCUGUGUAGCCUCACAGAACAUCCAGACACUGCUCGUUUUCCGGAUGCUUGCUGGCCUCUUUGGCGCUAGCACCAUGGUCAUUCCUGGCGGGAUUGUAGCAGACGUAUUUCCGGCGGAGACUCGUGGGGCUGCCCUCGUCUUGUUUACUGCUACUCCAUUUCUGGGCCCAUCUUUAGGUCCAAUCGUUGGUGGCUUUCUUGCCGACAGCGGUGGGUGGAGAUGGGUGCUGGCUCUCCUGGCUAUUUUCGCAGCAGUCGUUACCGUCAUUGGAUUCAUUUUCAUUCCGGAAACAUUUGGCCCUGUACUGCUAAGGGAUCGAGCGAAGAGGUUGUCUGAGGUUUCCGGAAAUGUAUACCUCACUGCCAUGGAUGCAGAGCGUGUCGUAAGCGUCGGCCAAGUCCUUCGAACCGCGCUAUUGCGGCCCUGGGUUCUGCUGUUCCGAGAGCCCAUCGUGAUGAUUCUGACCAUAUAUAUGUCGGUCAUUUACGGGACUCUUUAUCUAUUAUUCGCGGCCUACCCCAUCGUCUUCCAACAAGGCCGCGGCUGGAGUGAAGGCAUCGGCGGGCUCGCCUUUCUAGGAGUCUUUGCAGGGAUGAUGAUAGGUGUCGCUAUUGGUUACUGGGACAACGAACGAUACAAGAAGCUGCAUACUCUCCAUGGAGGCUUCGCACCUCCAGAAACGCGUCUUCCGCCGGUGAUAUAUGGUGGAAUUUCGAUUAUUGUCGGUAUCACUUGGUUCGCGGCUACCAACGCGCCAGGUGUUCACUGGGCAUCCAGUAUUUGCGCCGGAGCACCAUUUGGAGCAGGGUUCGUCUUAGUCGUCGUGUGCAACACUAAUUAUUUGAUCGACUCUUAUGUGAUUUACGCUGCUUCCGUUUUAGCGGCAAAUAGUGUGAUAAGGUCUCUAUUCGGCUGUGUCUUUCCGUUGUUUGGAAAGGCCAUGUUUGAGAACCUAGGUAUACACUGGGGCUCUGCCGUGCCUGGCUUCAUCGCGCUUGCUUGCUUCCCUUUCCCCAUCCUCUUCUACAUCUACGGGGCCAAGAUUCGAGCCAAAUGCAAGUAUGCAGCCGAGGCAGCAAGAGUGCUUGACCAGAUGAAGUCGAAUCUCGAGCGCCAGCAUACGACUGAGAGGAGGAUAUCGGUUGAGAGCGCUGGCCUAAGCUUUUCCGAAGAGCCUGAGAAUAAGAAGGGGCCUUGAGCUUGUCUGAAGUGGAUACUAAAGAAGUGUGUUAGAGGACUGACCUUAUUAGAACUGGAAUAGACAAAAGUAGUACAUUCCCGCUGCGGAG